AUGGCUAGAGCAGCAGCAGCAGCAGCAAAGCAGCAGCAGCAGCAAGCAGCAGCAGCAGCAGCAGCAGCAGCAGCAGCAGCAGCAGCAGCAGCAGCAGCAGCAAGCAGCAGCAGCAGCAGAGCAGCAGCAGCAGCAGCAGCAGCAGCAGCAGCAGCAGCAGCCAGCAGCAGCAGCAGAAGCAGCAGCAGCAGCAGCAGCAGCAGCAGCAGCAGCAGCAGCAGCAGCAGCAGCAGCAGCAGCAGCAGCAGCAGCAGCAGCAGCAGCGCAGCAGCAGCAGCAGCAGCAGCAGCAGCAGCAGCAGCAGCAGCAGCAGCAGCAGCAGCAGCAGCAGCAGCAGCAGCAGCAGCAGCAGCAGCAGCAGCAGCAGCAGCAGCAGCAGCAGCAGCAGCAGCAGCAGCAGCAGCAGCAGCAGCAGCAGCAGCAGCAGCAGCAGCAGCAGCAGCAGCAGCAGCAGCAGCAGCAGCAGCAGCAGCAGCAGCAGCAGCACAGCAGCAGCAGCAGCAGCAGCAGCAGCAGCAGCAGCAGCAGCAGCAGCAGCAGCAGCAGCAGCAGCAGCAGCAGCAGCAGCAGCAGCAGCAGCAGCAGCAGCAGCAGCAGCAGCAGCAGCAGCAGCAGCAGCAGCAGCAGCAGCAGCAGCAGCAGCAGCAGCAGCAGCAGCAGCAGCAGCAGCAGCAGCAGCAGCAGCAGCAGCAGCAGCAGCAG